AUGGUUACUGAGCUGGGAGGAACUCUGACUCUCACUUGCUUUUGUCCGAAUGUGUCGGUGAUCAGAUUUAAUUGGUUCAAGCAGAUAUUUGGACAGAAACCACUCUACAUGGCAUCAUCUCUUUAUGUUGGCCAAGAUAGUUAUUAUUCCAACAACUUUAUUAAGGACUUUACUGAGACCAAACGUUUGGGUGUGAGGAGAGGACUCUACAGCUGUAACUUGACCAUAUCCAAGACAGAGACAGGGGACUCAGCUAGAUACUAUUGUUCCACUACAGCCAUCUAUGAGCUCACAUUUGGAGAGGGAACUGUUUUAAUUGUCAAAGACUCAGAGUCCAACAGCAUGUCUGUGCUCCAGCAGCCUGUGUCUGAGUCAGUCCAGCCAGGAGACUCUGUGACUCUGAACUGUACAAUACACACUGAGACCUGUGUAGGAGAACACAGUGUCUAUUGGUUCAGACGUGGCUCAGGAGAAUCCCGUCCAGGAAUCAUUUACACCCAUGGAGACAGGAGUGAUCAGUGUGAGAAGAGCUCUGAGGCUGGGUCUCCUACACAGAGUUGUGUCUACAACCUCCCCAAGAGGAACCUCAGCCUCUCUGAUGCUGGAAGUUACUACUGUGCUGUGGCUUCAUGUGGGGAGAUACUGUUUGGGAACGGGACCCAGCUGGACAUUGAGGACUUACACACCCAGAUGAGAAUCCUGGUCCUUAUCUCCAUCAUAAGAACUGGAGUUCUCCUCUGCUUCAUUUGCAUCCUCCUCUACAACACAAAUAAAUAG